AUGCAGCCCUUUGGCCGCGCAGUCUGGAGGCAUGGCAGGAUAGGCUUGGAGCUCGCUGUGAGGCCGCGGCCAGCACCGAAAAGCGGCAUCACGGCCGCAGCCCGAUGGCCCUCGACGGCCACCUGCGUGCGAUGCCAGAUCCAGGCCAUUGCCUAUCCUGCACGCUUUUAUUCCUCCAAGCCGCCAUCAGACAAGGUUGAGAAGCCCGUCAGCCCGCCCCAAUCCGAACCCAAAGCCGCCGAGCCCAAAGUCGACGAGCCGGCCUCGACCACGGCAAAAAGCGAGAAUGCCGAGCCGGCCGCUUCGUGGUCCAGGCCGAGCUGGCUGGAGCUGCCGUCCAUAUCAGAGGAACGACGAAGUGCCCUGAAUAAGAAAUUCAGCGACGUCAUGGAUAACAUGCAGUCACGGAUCCUCAAUGCCUCGCAGAAGCUCAACGAGAUCACCGGAUACACAAGCAUCGAAACCAUCAAAAUGGUCAACGAGCAGCUGGAGCGUGACUUGGCCUCGGCCCAGGCCCGGGUGCGGUCAGCAAGACAGGCAUACAAGACAUCGAAUAACAAGCGAGCGUCGACCCAGAGGGAGGUGACGACGCUGCUCGCCCGCAAGGAUACAUGGACGCCGCUGGACCUGGAACGCUUCACAGAAUUGUACCGCACAGACCACGUCCUGGAGGGCGAGGUCGUCUCAGCGCAGGAAAACUUGACCGAGGCCGAGUCAGACGAGCAGAAGCUCAGUCAGAAGCUCAACGCCGGCAUUCUGAAGCGGUAUCACGAAGAGCAGAUCUGGAGCGACCGGAUCCGAAGGGCCUCGACGUGGGGCACCUGGGGCCUGAUGGGCAUGAACUUUGUCCUCUUUGUCGUCUUCCAGUUCGUUGCCGAGCCCUGGAGGAGGAAGCGACUCAUCAAGGGCGUCGUGGCCGAAGAGGAGCGAGUCCUGGAAAAGGUCCAGGCCGAGAUGGCCCUCAUCAAGGCCGACCUGCACCUCAUGGCCGAGGCCGCCGCCACCGUGGCCGCAAGAACACCGGACCGGGACGCCGAACGGCUCUUCAACGUGCAACGCAUCAAGGAGGCGUGGCGCUUUGCCCUGUCCGGUGCCUGGAUCCGCAACUUUGAAGAAUGCAAGCAACUCUUUUCACAAUGGAAGGCCCUCAUCACCGACCCGGAGGUGUGGAAGGCCGGGUUCGAGGACCUAACAAGCAUACGCCCGCUGGAGCUGCGCAUGCGGGACGCCUCGGCCCUGGUGCUCGAGGGCCUCAUUACUGGCAUAGCAAUCACUUGGAGCAUCGGAGCGCUGUUUGGACGAAAAUGA